CACUAACUUACAAACUCCACGUCAGAGGCCACUAAAAGACGACACCAUUUUAUUUCUACGACCCGCAAUAUCUGCUCCUUUACGAUCUCAUCAGCGCCGCUACCGUUCAUCCAGCGGCCCCGACCGUCGUGUGGCCGCCUGCUUUCCUCGUCUCCAUCGCUCUAUUAUAAUUGUCUAGCCCUAUGAGUGUUCCGUCCGGUGCGGCAGCUCCGGUGCCGUUCCAGUCCACGCCAGUGCAGCUACAGUCUCCCGUAGUCCCGCAGCUUGUAUCGCCCAGCAACCCGGAGACCCUCGAACAGCUCUUGCAGAACUUUGUGCGCGUCUAUGAGGAGCGGUUACUCGUGGACAUUGCUGCCAAUCUGUACCGUGAAUUCUCACGCGGCGGUGGCAUCCAGCACGAAGAUAUCGGCAAACUUCUGUCCCACUUUCCUCCCAAGGUCGUCGAAGGUGUAUUCGCUCGCUAUGACCAGGCAGGCCGCGGAGUCGUCGAUGCGCGCGCCUUCCUAGCGCUCGUGCGGUACCUGAACUUUGGCAAUGGCUUCUGUGACUCAUGUUUCGCCCCCAUUGGAGAGCACGAGCGCGGCUUCAUGUGCUUGGAGUGCAGGGCUGGAGGAUACAUUCUCUGUGCCAGAUGCUACCCGAGAGGAGUGAGUGGCGAGGUACACCCGCCCAAUCACCGCUUCGUACCGGCCCAGGAAAUGCUGGAGAUGCUGGCGCCCCCGCCUGAAGACAGAGAUCAACUGCCCAAUGGCGUGGGCGUAUUCCUACGCACUCACAUCGCCACACUGUUCGCGCAGAUGGACACGGAUCGAGAUGGUCGCAUCACACAGGACGAGUUCCGUGCCUUCCAGAGAGCACAGGGCUGUGCAGACAGCUAUAUUGACUUCUUACUAAGUUUCAGAGGAAGUUUGGACGGCACGAUCUCCAAGAAGGAGCUAUUGUAUCUCGUCACUGGUCAAAAGAUGACAAGACAGUGCGACGAAUGCUCUGCGCUCAAGUUUGUCGGCCAGGACCAGAUCCUCUCGUGUCUUGAAUGCAUCUGCGAUUACGACUGCUGUGUGGAUUGCUGGCAGAGUGGCCGAUGCCAGCACGAGCACGCCAAGUUUCGCAUGUCUGAGCCAUUCCAGUUGCGCUUUGCCGGACUGUGCUAUCGCCACUCGCACGGCGAAUUGUGGCUCCUCUCCGUGGGCAGCUACGAGCUCUGGGCACCCUAUGAGCCUUUUCUCGGUGAAAAGCUACGAGUUUACGCAAGACUGGGUCCUCCUCAGGCAUACGGCCACUAUAUGCUGCCCAAGUUCACACAACCACCGUCGGCAGCUUUCUUCGAGCGACACUACGGCGCUGCGACGACGACCAACAAUGCAACCAGCAACAACGAACAAUGCAACAAUGGCGACAUGUUUAACUCCAGCCUUGACAUUUUCAAUGAACAGAUCCCGGACUUUACCCAAGACACAACGCAGCCGUUCGACUGGGCCGGUGCCACAGGUGAAGUGCUUUCGUGGUUUUACUAGAUGCGAGACGUGAACAGUUUGGACCAAAAAAGUUCCCAUUCCUGACAGCUUCGCCACGGACGUGGACGUAUUAUCAAGACGAAACUCGCCAGUCCAGAAGAUAUGCAUACAUUUAUCAGUCCCCUUCAGUAAUAAAUACAUGGAUCUAGUUACGGUGUGGUGAGCUUGUAUCGACAUCGACCAGCUGGAGAUCUGCAGUAUUAUACUGCGUAGUAAUUGAAGUUGCCUUCAUUCCGGUGAGACGGCGCUAAACUCGUC